UCUGUCCUUGAGCUACAAAUUUCAAAACUCUUUAGUAUUGAGGUGAAACUGCCAGCUCUUUUCAAGGAUGAGUCAUCCACUGAGGACGACACAAUUCCAGAGAGCCAUGAGUCCAAACAAGUGGACUGCAUUAAAUGUACCAAUUCAGUACCUUUUGGUUAAAGUGCUUUAACAUUGCUUGACUAACUUGUUCAGACACAAAAUGGCAGAGCUUGACGUGGUUUGAGGGUGGUUGUUUUCUUUUAACUAAAGGCACUCAUCAACCGAUGGUAAUUAACUGCCCUACCGUUUGAGCUCAAUAGAUGGUGGUGUAGCUGCGUUUGCUGCUAAAAGCAAGAAAUAUUCAUAAAUUUACAAGUAUUAUAAGCCAAAUGACAUUUACUAUACAACAAAUCUAUAUUAAGUAACGAUGCAUGCUUAGACUGAACUCUAGAAGUAAUAUUGUUUAGGCUGAAGUAUCUACAUUUUUUUUUUGACGCGAAUAAUUUAUGUAUACAAUUCUAUGUAAUUAAUGUUGCUAUGAGGGCAUAAAAAGAUUGAGUCAAACCGAAAACAAUUCCAUGUCUUGUGCGAACCUGGAGCGUAAAAACGAUUCUGAUACGUGUCAAUUAUCCACGUGAUACAUAAAGAGCCCAAUAAUAACUUUGGAGCGUUUUUUCUUUAAAGGCUUAAGCGUUUGACUUAUUUCUCCCAUAUUGUAAAAAUCAUAGUCAUUUAGUCAUGCUAAUAAUGAUUAAACUAACCAGUUGCGACCUACUGGCACAAACAAUUUUAAUUUAGGUAUAAAUAUUAAGGUAAAUUUUUUAUUAGCAAAGACAAAGGUAAGUGUUAAUUCUUUUGAGUUUCCAAUGGCGGUAAAAGAAGUCACCGUUUUCAGUUUUUUACUUUUGUGCUAACCUCCGAGGAACGGAAUCGGAUUACCUAAUGUGUGCGGCGUUGCCAUAGUUGCAGUGUAAGGGAGACUACUGACCGAGCAAAACAGCCCAGAGGGAAAAUCGCACUGCUGGAGAAAGAUUAACCUUAUAGAAAUGGAAUACUUGGAUGCACAAGGAACACGCCAGCUUCUGACGACCAACCAGAAGAUAAAUGGCUCCUUCACUGAGAAUCCAAAGAUUUGCAUUGAGGAGUAUCAGUCUAAAGAAGAAUACAGUCAGUCGUGUAGUGAUAUAUACCAACCCGAAAUAAAUGGACAAUACAGAUAUAAUAUUAACACUGGGCCAAUUGUAGUUGAGACUCCUCAUGACCAGCCGUACCACCUUCACCCACCAUAUGUUCAGAGCUCGGAAGAAAUUCAAGGUUGUCAUAAAAAUAAUUUGCAACAAAGAUCACCACAUAAUGAACUUCGCAAGUUGUCCAGAUUUUCUGUUGUAAAUGAAAGUGACAGAGGUUCACAAAGAGAAUCAAUAGAGAGUUGUAAUAAUGGCUUUGUGAAUGCUAAAAAUGUUGGCAUGUAUCUUCAGGUAACAGAGGAUACAAAUGCUUUAGAAUUACAAACCUGCUACCAGCAAGAACCUAGACAAACACAGCAGAGUUCCAGUCAAAAACAGAAACUGAGCAAAUCCACAUUGAGUCCCAAAGAUGUAUGGAACAAAAAACCUGGAAGAAAGACAAAGGAUAUAGUGGAACGUAACAAAAUAACCCUGGGCCACAACACAUCCAGAUCCAAUUUUGGCUCCUAUGUGAGGAUUCACAUGUUGAAACAGGAGAGGCCUCAUGAUGUGAAUGAGCACGGCCAGGAUUUAAUCAUACAAUUAACAUCUCUCCUUGGUCAUCUUCAUUGGAGCCAUGUUCAGCUUGCCUUGUCCACGGGAAAUAAACAGACAGGUUCAGAAAAACUCUCCUACAAGUCUCCAGGAGGGUUAAACAAACAAUCCAUUCAACAAAACGUGAUGAGUAGUCCUGUCCAAAGACCCUGGGCUCCUACCCAGUUCUUCCACCUAUAGAAAGACCUGCAACAAGGACAGAGAAUGAACUGGAGACUGGCCAGCAUGUGAACUUAGCCUGUUCCGUCCACAGAAGCAGCUCUGACAGCUAUCUGAAUCAGUUGGAGAAACAAAUUAAGCUGAGGGACAAAGUUACU